CGCCCUCGCGACUGCGGAAGUGCCUUCUGUGCAGUACCGCUUCUCUCCUUCGCUCAACCUGGCUUCCGCUUCCGGUGCGGGUCGUGAGCGCGCGAGCGCAGCAGUGGGAGGCGGCGACCAGCCGGUAGAGGCCUCACCACCAUGUGGCACGAGGCUCGCAAGCAUGAGCGGAAACUUCGAGGCAUGAUGGUGGACUACAAGAAGAGGGCCGAGAGACGUCGGGAGUACUACGAGAAGAUUAAGAAAGACCCCGCCCAGUUUCUGCAGGUGCAUGGCCGAGCCUGCAAGGUUCACCUGGAUUCUGCCGUUGCCCUGGCUGCUGAGAGCCCUGUGAACAUGAUGCCCUGGCAGGGGGACACCAACAACAUGAUUGACCGCUUCGACGUGCGCGCACACCUAGACCACAUCCCCGACUACACCCCCCCACUGCUCACCACCAUCUCCCCGGAGCAGGAGUCGGACGAGCGGAAAUGUAACUACGAGCGGUACCGAGGCCUGGUGCAGAACGACUUCGCUGGCAUCUCGGAGGAGCAGUGCUUGUAUCAGAUCUACAUCGAUGAACUGUACGGAGGCCUGCAGAGACCCAGCGAGGACGAGAAGAAGAAGCUGGCCGAGAAGAAGGCUUCCAUCGGCUACACCUAUGAAGAUAGUACUGUGGCCGAGGUAGAGAAGGUGGCCGAGAAACCAGAGGAGGAGGAGUCACCAGCAGAGGACGAGAGCAAUUCGGAUGAAGAUGAGGUCAUCCCCGACAUCGAUGUGGAGGUGGAUGUGGACGAGCUAAACCAGGAGCAGGUGGCUGAUCUCAAUAAGCAGGCCACCACCUACGGCAUGGCUGACGGAGACUUCGUCAGGAUGCUGCGGAAGGACAAGGAAGAGGCAGAGGCCAUCAAACAUGCCAAGGCCCUGGAGGAGGAGAAAGCCAUGUACUCGGGCCGGCGUUCUCGGCGGCAGCGAAGAGAGUUCCGGGAGAAGCGGCUGAGGGGCCGCAAGAUCAGCCCUCCCAGUUACGCCCGCCGAGACAGCCCCACCUAUGACCCCUAUAAACGGUCACCUUCGGAAUCCAGUUCUGAGUCCCGCUCCCGCUCUCGCUCCCCGAGCCCAGGCCGCGAGGAAAAGAUCACUUUUAUCACCAGUUUUGGGGGCAGCGACGAGGAGGCAGCUGCCGCCGCCGCCGCGGCUGCUGCAUCCGGGGCCGCCCCAGGGAAGCCCCCUGCGCCCUCGCAGCCCGGCGGCCCCGCUCCAGGCCGCAAUGCCAGCACCCGCCGCCGCUCCUCCUCGUCCUCCGCCUCCAGGACUUCCAGCUCCCGCUCCAGUUCGCGCUCCAGCUCGCGCUCCCGCCGUGGCUACUACCGCUCUGUCCGCCAUGCGCGCUCCCGCUCGCGCUCCUGGUCCCGCUCCCGCUCCCGCUCCCGGCGCUAUUCGCGCUCCCGCAGCCGCGGACGGCGGCAUUCGGAAGGCGGUUCCCGAGACGGACACCGCUACUCGCGCUCGCCAGCCCGGCGUGGCGGGUACGCGCCCCGCCGCAGAAGCAGGAGCCGCUCCCGUUCAGGUGACCGCUAUAAGCGGGGUGCCCGAGGCCCCAGGCACCACAGUAGCAGCCGCAGCCGCAGCAGCUGGUCCCUCAGCCCUUCCCGAAGCCGCAGUCUGACCCGUAGUGGAAGCCGCAGCCAGAGCCGGAGUAGAAGCCGCAGCCGCAGCCAGAGCCACAGCCAGAGCCACUCGCCAUCGCCCCCAAGGGAGAAGCUGACCAGGCCAGCAGCGUCCCCUGCUGUGGGCGAGAAGCUGAAAAAGACCGAACCUGCCGCUGGUAAAGAGACAGGAGCUGCCAAACCCAAGCUGACCCCCCAGGAGAGGCUGAAGCUGCGGAUGCAGAAGGCUCUGAACCGCCAGUUCAAGGCGGAUAAGAAGGCGGCUCAGGAGAAGAUGAUACAGCAGGAGCAUGAGCGCCAGGAGCGGGAGGAUGAAUUGCGAGCCAUGGCCCGAAAGAUCCGAAUGAAGUUGCCUCCCCUCUCCCCCUGCAGGGAGCGAGAGCGACGGGAGAAGGAGAGAGAAGAGUGGGAACGCCAGUAUAGCCGCCAGAGCCGCUCGCCCUCCCCACGUUACAGUCGAGAGUACAGUUCUUCUCGGAGGCGCUCGAGGUCCAGGUCCCGGAGCCCCCAUUACAGGCAUUAGGCGGAGGACUGAGUGGGCGCUGUGAUGAUCCUGGUUUCUGUAGUGAAAUAAAAGCUAACAUUAUUUAAUGCCCUUCA